GAGGAUAUCCUUGUCUCACUUCUGGCUUUUCCUUUUAACCAUAGAACUCUGAAUUUAUGGUAUUGACAUGACAAGUUAAACCACUGUACUUAGUGGAGUUUUCCCUCAAGUAGUCAUAUUCUAACACAGUUUUUCUUAGUAAGACAGAGAAUUAACAUUAAAUCAACUAAAAUUCAAUAGUCUACAGGUCUGGGGUAUGCCAGCCAGAUUCAGCCAAAAGAAACAAAACAGCAUUACACGAAUAGGAAUCAUGCAGAAUGGGCACGACCUCAAGACCAUGCUUGGCAAGAACAUCAACCACCAUAUUCCCUUUGAGCAUAAUGUGCUAGACUCUGCAACUGGGAAUUUUCUGAAGCAAGUUCCUGCACUCUUGAACCAAAGUACUGAGGACAUGAGUAUCAAGCAAUAGUUGUUAAUCACAAAUUGGAUGGCAACAAGAGAGACAACCUCAACAAUAUGAUGGCAAAAAUUCCUAUCCAGAACACAGCUUGAGACGCUGCAAGUUCAGUUGCAAGGCUAGUGGAAAAACUGAAAUUAUAACAGAACCCGAGGAUACAUUUCCAUGGUUGUUUCUAAAACACCUCUAGUCAUAGCUGCUUUCAGCUCCAUUAGUACUAGGUUUAAGGAAUCCAUGGUUAGGAGGUAUACAGCCAAUUAGCUUAGAAGAAACUCAGGUGCAGCCAUCUUCAUGCUCUGAUGUUGACCAGAACUCUGCAACUAGUUCACAGACUUGUGCAACGAUUUUCUUUCUACAUUCUAUUUCAGGAUCCUCAUAGAGGAGACUACUUCUAUCAGGCCAGAUCAACCAAACAGCAAUGGGGAAGAUAGAACACACAUUAAUGACUAUAUCAUUAUGUAUUUCCAUAAUAUUAAGUCCAGAAAAACAAAACCCCCCAGCAUGC